GCUACACCUCACGAUCUAAGCUUCGCAACUCCCCACGCCCACCGCAGCUCAUGCCCAUGUCGCCAGCAUGGCUGCGGAUCCGACCGACGAUGACCAGCAGGCGGUGACAAGGGAUGGAGCUGGCAACAGCAGAGAUGCCGCCCAGCACGUCGACACGCAUGGCGCCGAGGACGAUGACGAUGAGGACGACGAAGCAGACGAAGAGCCCAAGCUCAAGUACAGCCGUUUGACGAGCAGUCUCGGUCCUGUAUAUCGCAAUGGCGACGCGACAAGCUCUUUCCUGGUGGCUGGUGACAAGAUGGUAUGGUUAUAGCUCGGGCUCCUCGAGAGCUGCGUGUCGCAACCCGUAUACUGAGCUCUACACAGAUCGUUGGCACACACAAUGGCAAUAUCCACACCCUCGCCAUCCCAUCGUUCCAGAUACUGCGCACAUACAACGCCCACCCCUCGGCCUCGGUCACCGCACUUUCCGUCUCACCACUCCCGCGCACGCAGUCAUUCGUGAAUCAAAUCGGCUCGCCCACCAGAGCGCCAGAGGUCGAUGCGCCACGAAAAACCACACCGCAGCCUGGCCGCGACCCUCGCAGGCCCCAGCAAAAUCCAGUUCCCAAUACCCCUUCAAAUCAGAUCUACAUCGCAUCAGCAUCUAUAGAUGGCCACGUUUGCGUGUCCUCCUUGAUCGACCCGAAAGACGUCACUCUGCGCAAUUUCGCCCGUCCGAUCCAGGCUGUCGCACUAUCGCCAGACUACAAGAACGAUCGCUCAUAUCUCUCGGGAGGUUUGGCUGGCGAACUGAUCCUGACAAGCGGCGGCCCAAUAGGUACCCGCGCAACCGCAAACACGAGCUCGGCAUCUCAAGCAGCGCAAGGAUGGCUUGGAGCAAUAGGUCUUGGAGGAAACACCGGUCGAGACACGAUCCUGCACUCGGGAGAAGGCUCCAUCAGUACGAUCAAAUGGUCGUUGUCUGGGAAGUACGUGGUAUGGGUCAACGAAGAAGGCAUCAGGUUCAUGCGCACGAACCUGUUCCUCGACAGCGCAGACUCUGAACUAGCAUGGAAGAGGAUAGGCUUCGUUGGGAAACCUAAUCGCCGUGUCUGGCAAGAUAUGGCAGCUCUGUGGAAAGCAAGAGUAGACUGGGUCGACGAUGAGUCACUGGAGUCAGACGAUGAUGCUAUCAUGAGCAUGAACAGCCAUCGGGAGAACAAGGAUGACGCCACUCUGCCUCACCACCGAAGGCAUAAGUCAGGCAAGGGGCCCAAGGUAGAAAAGGUCGAGAAAUUGGUCGUAGGAUGGGGAGAUGCCGCGUGGAUCAUUCAUGUUGUUCCUGGAGAAGUCUUCGGUAAUGGCAGGACUGGCGAAAGGUCUCCUGGCAGCAUCGAAGUUCCUCAUCAUCUCAAGUUUGACGAUUGUAUUGUUUCUGGCAUCUCGCUUUAUACCCCUUCCCUACUUCUCGUUCUUGCAUAUCGUACACAUGAUGACGAUGACAACCCCGUCGAAACGACUCCACGCCGCGGCAUGCACCGGCGCGCGAAUGGCCUAUCUCCUGAGCUCAAGCUCAUCGACGCUGUCACCCAAGAGGAAGUCGAAGUCGACUCUUUGACAGUCAGCAGAUACGAAACGCUUUCAGCAGCCGACUAUCACCUAGGAACUUUAUACAUACCGCAUCCCAAGGCCAUGACACCUGCACAGAAGAGCGCACUCGAGGCUAUCGGAGGAGGUAUUUGGGAUGCCGGUGUCAGUGCAACGAGGAUGUUCAGUUCCGGCGCCAGUGUUCUCAACAUACCGAUAGGUUCAGAGUCAAAGCCAUCAUCUCUGUCAUCUGCGAGUGGUACUGUGCCAUCUCUACUAGCUCGUGGACGACAGACGCCAGUCCAUCCAAACGCUGCGACCGCAGGCCUCAAAGUCUUCAUCCACAGUCCGUACGACUGUGUGUUGGCCAUCAAGCGAGACCUGACAGAUCACUUCAACUGGGAACUAGAGCACGAGAACUACAAAGAUGCAUGGGAGCUUCUAGAGGACCACCCGGAAGUUGUCAGCUCUGCCAGCCAAUCCGUGGCGGAGAACUCGCCAGCUGGCACACCUGUCUUAAAGCAAGGAAGCCUGCAGGAUUUCUUCGCCGACGAGACUGAUUCACAAGAUACGGUUUCUGCUGCAAGAGCAAAUCAAAACACGGCUGUUGAGAAGGAGAAGCGACGUGUUGGUGACCUCUGGGUGCAGCAGUUAGUAAACGCAGGCAACUGGAAUGGGGCUGGUAAGGUUGCCGGCCGAGUCCUAGGCACCUCCACGAGAUGGGAGCACUGGGUGUGGAAGUUUGCGCAAACGAACCACUUUGACGAAAUCUCUCCUUAUAUCCCAACCAAGCAGCUGCAGCCACCGCUUCCAUCUAUGGUGUACGAGGUCAUUCUCGGGCACUACAUCAUCAAUGACCGGAUCAGAUUCAAGCACCUGCUCGAGGCAUGGGAUCCGGAUCUCUUCGACAUCAACAGCGUGAUCGAAGCUAUCAAAGCCAAACUGAACGCCGGAGAUGUAACCGAAGACUCUGUCGAGGGCAACGAACACGGCCGAGACUGGCGGAUACUGCAAGAUGGUCUUGCGAAGCUGUACCUUGCGAGUGGCCGCCAGCGCGAGGCACUGCGCUGCUAUAUUCGCCUGCAGAACGCCGAUGCUGCUAUGAGCAUUAUUCGCGAGUUCCAUCUCGUCGAGGCUGUCAGGGACGAUAUUCCCGGGUUUCUACUACUGCGCGUAUCGAGAGAGCAGAUGGCGUCCGCACCACUGGAAGACCUGGAAGAAGCAUCGUCGGAGACUAUCGAGGUGCUGGUCGAAGAAGGAUGUCGUGGAACCAUUCUGGCUGAUGAGGUCGUCACACAGCUUCGAGAAAGCAAGAAGAGAGACUCGUUCCAGCCGUUCUUGUUCUUCUACCUUCGACGUCUAUGGAAGCCAGAAUUGCACGAGCGCAAGGCCAGGACAGCAAAAGAACGCGUUGCUGAAGACCGCUUGGCUGCAGACGGCAAGAUCGUGGCCGAGGGCUUCUCUGACCUCAUGGUUGAGCUGUUCGCUGAAUACGAUCGCCCAUUGUUAAUGGAGUUCCUCCGCAAGUCGCAGAGCUUCGAUCUCAGCAAGGCCACGGCUAUCUGUGAGACCAGGGAGUACAUCCCAGAGCUUGUACACAUACUCUCGAAGACCGGCCAGACUAAGCGCGCCUUGUACCUGAUCAUCGAGAAGCUCUCCGAUGUCAGCUUCGCAAUAUCGUUCGCAAAGGAGCAAGAUGAUCCAGAUCUGUGGAACGACCUUCUCGACUACUCGAUGGAUAAGCCGCAGUUCAUCAGAGGCUUGCUGGCAGAAGUCGGUACAGCUAUCGAUCCCAUUCAGCUCGUUCGCCGUAUCCCCGAGGGUCUUGAGAUUGAAGGCCUCAGAGACGGCAUUGGCCGCAUGGUCCGCGAAUACGAGAUCCAGCAUUCGAUAUCCGAGGGCGUAGCCAGAGUGCUGCGCGGUGAAGUCGCGGCGGGUAUGGACACUCUCCGCGCGGGACAGAAGCGGGCUGUCAAGUUUGAGGUCAUACCCUGUGAUGAAGAAGACAGUGUGCACGAGGAAUUGCCUGGCGCACAGAACGGAGUCUCCAAACGCAAAGAGGUCGACAUACGGCCCAAGGGAGUCGACCCCAAACUUGCAGCAAAGGUGCUCAGCGGCAAUACCACCGCUGCUGCGUCAAUAAACCAAGCGCCUGUAGCCGACCCUGCUCCAGCAGAAGAUCCGUCCGUGGAAGCACCCGCAGGCCACUGCACGGGCUGUCGCGAAGCAUUCACCCUCCCCACCGCUGAGGAGGAAGAAGUUAUGGAACUCCCUCUGCCCAAGUCCCGCGACACACUAGUCGGGUUUGCGUGCGGCCACGUUUUCCAUCUCAGCUGCUUGCUGCCGAAGACAAGUGCCAGCGCUAGUGUCGCAGCAACCUUGCAGCAGCAACUCGCGAACGAUGCGCUGGAAAGCGACGGCAGGUGGAGCAGGAGCGUUGGCGCAAAGGUCGCGCAUGCGCACGUCAUCAAGAGCGCGAUUGGGCGCGGCUGCGUUGUUUGUCGAGAGCGCGAAGGCAUGGUCGGUGAUGAGUAGCGUGGACAGGAAGCCGCUCAUGGCAUGUAUAUAGGAUUGAGGAACGCGUUGGAUACGACGCAGGCUGGAGGCAGUCAGCACUGUGGCAGAAGUCCAAUCGAAGAAGUAAAGAAUGUAUAAUGUGCAGCAACCUCCAAGGCGAAAGCAGAGACGAACCGCAAAAACACACGGCGCUCGGAAGGCAGACUCUUCUACCUUCCCUCGCACCUCCUCGAAGUGUCGUUCGCCGCCACGUGCG